UCAAAGAACAAUAAAACGCACGUCUCUGUCGGACACGUUACACACGUUUAUGCUCUUGUAUUAACACUAGUCCUCGUACUCCUCUACCAGAGACCGGGCUGAUCACCGCGGACCGGCGCACAUCUGCAUCACCGGCGGAUUCCGGUGAAGAGAGCGAAGCCGCGCUCAGUCGUUCCCCGUCAGUCCGCUUCAGGCCACCGGCGACAGCAUGAGCCAGAGGUUCACGGUGACCGCCGGUGACAUCCAGGGCGAAGUGAACCAGCUGUUCGAGGGCGAUGAGGAGACGCCGAGCGCAUCUGAGGCAUCCGGGAAAGGAGAUGGUAACCCCAAGGAGAGCAGUCCAUUCAUCAACAGCACCGAUCCAGAGAAGAACCAGCAAUAUGACGGCAAGAACAUGGCUCUGUUUGAGGAGGAAAUGGACACAAUUCCCAUGGUAUCGUCUCUUCUCAGCAGUCUCGCCAACUACUCAAACCUGCCCCAGGGCAGCAAAGAACACGAGGAGGCGGAAAACAACGAAGGCUCACGCAAGAAACCUGUCCAGGCUCCGCGGAUGGGAACGCUGAUGGGUGUCUACCUGCCCUGCCUGCAGAACAUCCUGGGCGUGAUUCUGUUUCUCAGGAUGACCUGGAUGGUGGGCAUCGGCGGCGUCAUCGAGGCCUUCAUCAUCGUGCUCAUGUGCUGCUCCACGACGAUGCUCACUGCCAUCUCCAUGAGUGCCAUUGCCACGAACGGUGUCGUGCCAGCUGGAGGCUCCUAUUACAUGAUCUCUCGCUCUCUGGGCCCUGAGUUCGGUGGAGCUGUAGGCAUCUGCUUCUACUUGGGCACCACCUUUGCUGGAGCCAUGUACAUCCUGGGCUGCAUCGAGAUCCUGCUGGUGUACAUCGUACCACAAGCGGCUAUUUUUAAGAUGGAGGGUCUGGAGGGAGCCGAGGCCGAAGCUGCCAUGCUGAACAACAUGCGUGUUUACGGCACGCUGGUGCUCAGCUUCAUGGCCAUUGUGGUGUUUGUAGGAGUGAAGUACGUGAACAAGCUGGCGCUCGUCUUCCUCGCCUGUGUCAUCUGCUCGAUCCUCGCCGUCUACGCUGGAGUGAUCAAAACCGCCUUUGAGCCUCCGGUCUUCCCAGUGUGUGUGCUGGGAAACCGAACUCUGGUUUGGAAAGGCUUCGAUGUGUGCGCUAAGGUCAUCGAGAGAGAAAACGCCACGGUCACCACCAAACUCUGGCGGCUUUUCUGCGACUCCGAGUUCCUGAACGCCACCUGUGACAGCUAUUUUGCCAACAACAACAUCACGGAAAUACAGGGAAUCCCCGGAAUUAUGAGUGGCACACUACGCGAGAAUCUCUUUGGGAAUUAUAUGGAUAAGGGUUCUUUCAUUGAGAAAGUGGGAUUAUCUGCCGCAGUCGAACCUGAUUCCAUACCGACCAACACCAACCGCUACGUGCUUGCGGACAUCACCUCCUUCUUUACCAUGCUGGUGGGCAUCUACUUCCCCUCCGUGACAGGUAUCAUGGCUGGAUCAAACCGAUCCGGUGAUUUGCAGGACGCCCAGAAGUCCAUUCCCAUCGGCACCAUCCUGGCCAUCACCACCACCUCCAUCAUCUACAUGUCCAGUGUGUUUCUGUUUGGUUCCUGCAUCGAGGGAACGGUGCUGAGGGAUAAGUUUGGUGAGGCGGUCAGGGGGAAUCUGGUGAUCGGGACACUGGCGUGGCCGUCGCCCUGGGUCAUCGUCUUCGGUUCCUUCUUCUCCACCUGCGGAGCGGGGCUUCAGAGCUUGACGGGUGCUCCGCGUCUCAUGCAGGCCAUCGCUCGAGACGGCAUCGUGCCAUUCCUCAGGGUGUUUGGUCAUGGAAAAGCAAACGGGGAGCCCACCUGGGCGUUGCUUCUGACCGCAUGUAUCUGUGAGAGUGGAAUUCUCAUCGCUUCUCUGGAUAACGUCGCUCCGAUUCUCUCCAUGUUUUUCCUCAUGUGCUACAUGUUUGUGAAUCUGGCCUGUGCUGUUCAGACUCUGCUCAGAACGCCCAACUGGAGACCGCGAUUCAAGUUCUACCACUGGACUCUAUCCUUCCUUGGCAUGAGCCUUUGUCUCUCGCUCAUGUUCAUCUGUUCUUGGUACUAUGCCAUCGUUGCCAUGGGAAUCGCCAGCUGUAUCUACAAAUAUAUUGAGUUCCGAGGGGCAGAAAAGGAAUGGGGUGAUGGAAUAAGAGGUCUAUCUCUCAGCGCGGCCCGCUUCGCCCUCAUGAGGUUGGAAGAGGGACCACCACACACCAAGAACUGGAGACCUCAGAUAUUAGUCCUGGUCAACAUGGAUUCUGAGCUGAACGUGGAGCAGCCGCGUUUACUGUCUCUGACCAGUCAGCUGAAGGCUGGGAAGGGUCUGACCAUCGUGGGCACAGCGCUGGAGGGAACCUACCUGGAAAACCAUCCUCAAGGACAGCAGGCCGAACAGUCUCUGAGGAAGCUCAUGGAGGCGGAGAAGGUGAAGGGUUUCAGUCAGGUGGUCAUUUCUUCUAACAUGAGGGACGCCACGUCACAUUUGGUCCAGGCCGGAGGUUUGGGUGGUCUUCAACACAACACCGUUCUGGCCUGCUGGCCGCGCAACUGGAAACAGGCCGAGGAUCAUCAGAGCUGGAGAAACUUCAUUGAGCUGGUAAGAGAAACCACCGCUGCCAGUGAAGCCCUGCUGGUGCCCAAGAACGUCUCGGCCUUCCCGUCAAACGGAGAGCGUUUCACAGAGGGUCACAUUGACGUGUGGUGGAUCGUUCAUGAUGGAGGCAUUUCUCAUGACAGUGAUAUCUCAGCGUACACGUAUGAGAAGACCCUGAUGAUGGAGCAGAGAUCUCAGAUCCUCAAGCAGAUCAACCUCACCAAGACUGAGCGUGAACGUGAGAUCCAGAGCAUCACUGACAGCUCUCGCGGGUCGAUCCGCCGUAAAAACCCAGCCGCUGUCACGACUCAGCUGAGUGUGACAGAGGAGCCGGCGGCCAGCAGCAAAGAGGAGAAACCAGAAGAAGAGUCUGUCCCUGUGUCCCCAUCCCAACAGGAACAGCUCAUUCAUGACAAGAGUACCAACCCCCCGACCCCGGCCACACCGCAGUCCCCCAGCGCAGACGCCGAGACCCCCGGCACAGCCUCUUUCUUUUUUCCCAUUUUGCUAUAA